GGAUCACAUGCAACAUAUUUCGGAAUUUACCCCGAAACAACAAAUGCUAUUUUCAGAUUGGCUGGUAGGUGGGCUAUUAACUCUUUAGUAUAACUUUGCACAGUUGAACUUGGCGGAAAGCUGCGCUCCGUACGCCUGCGCCUCGUCCAUUAAUUGUGUAUAAGGGGACACCUCGGUGGGCGUUUCUCAGCGUGAGAAACACGAAGUGUGGCGUGUGAGCUGGUGAAAACGCGUGUGUCUCACGGUCAAUGCGUAAGGCUCGAGAGCCCUGCUAUCAUCAGGAAAGUGUAACAUCAUUGUGACUUUUGGUUUUACACAGAUGAUUUCUCAUUAGAUAUGAAACCUUCAGGGAUACCUACAAUUUUAAUGAUAAUCAAUGUCAGUUUUUAAGUUACUUCUAAUGGAGCUGUCCUUAAUGGAAAUAACCACAAAUCAAUACUAAGCUUUCAGUUAUUAUAACCGCAUCUGACUGCUACUUUAAUCAAAUCAGUUUGGGAAAAAUCCUGUUAAAUUGCUCCAGCUGCCCCGUUCCCUUGGGACACGGGAUACUUACCAGAAUUUACGUCGGAAAUAACAGAGCAGCCCCGCAGUUUAAAGUCCGCUCUACGUCACUCGCACUACGACCACCUGUAAUCUCAUUGACGGAGGAAUGUUGCGGCAUCGCUGAGAAUCCGCACUCCGUACUGGUGUCGCUGCCCUGCUUGCGUUCGCGGAGUCAUCGGUGGUCAAUGUCGUCAUUAAUAAAAGAGGAGAUGCAGAGACUGUUAUUCCGACCAAAAGGACAACACCUGAAGGAACUGAUAGAAAUAGUGGAAUCAGCAGAGAGGAGACAUUUUCUUUGCGUGUCAGUGGCUAAGCGCGAUACGGUGAGGAUAACUGUGAUCAAAUGCGUAAGAUCAGGUACGGAGGAGAAAUAUGAGCGGCUGGAAGAAUGGUUUCUUAAAGACCUUGUUUUACUGGAUGGGAAAGAUUCCGAAACGGACGAACCCCGGUUUUUGAUGCACUUCGAGGCGGUUCGCUCAUUCACGGCCGUGAGCUGCGCGUCCAAGUACACGCUGGCUCGUGCGCUCGUGAGUCUCAGCUCCAAGCACCAUAAGAGGAGCCUGCAGCUUGCCAACUUCGACAGGACGUACGUCCAGCCCACGUCCAUGUACUCCAACCGCGGCGACUGCAUGGUGCUCAUGCAGAUUUGCGUCUACGCCUUCAAUCUGUUGUGCUUGUCGUUGUGCCCCGUGCCCUGAUGCAUGGAGCCGCCAAUGUGUGACAGUCUGAUAUGAUAUGUCUUUAAGGACAUGAUGGUCACUGCGUAAAGCCUUAUGUGGAUAAAAAGCUGCAAUUCACAGUGCACAAUGAAUGUAAACACUUUUGCAUCAAACACCUUUAUUUAUGCUGUGCACAAGAUGUGAAGUACUACAAUAUUCCGUUAAUAAUCUGGUACUUACAAACUGAAAUUGGUCUUUCUAGAACAUUCGCUCACUGCAUUUCAGUUAUAACUGAUAUUCCUACAGGUCCUACAAUUGCUGAACAUGUAAAAUUUGUUGUAACAAACUAAAUGAAAUACAAUUAUGCCAGUCACUGUAACAGGACAGUAUUGACAUUUUCCUUCAGGUUGAGUCGCGGGUUGUGUACGUUUUCUCACAAUGUCCAGCGUGGGACUCAAGCACCUUGACUAAGAGUUAUUUAACCCACUAGCUCAGUGGAGUGAGGCAGAAGAAUCACCAUUGGCUGCUGUUAAGAAAAGCCCAGCUACUGUAAGUAACAGCCUGGUCCUCGAGUUUGACUUGUGGCAUUUUGAUCGGUACCAUAAAUACCACAGCGGCUGUCGGAGGGGCAUGGAUUUCCUGGAAGAUUCUGGGGGCCUGGAAUCCGGAAUACAUAAAAUUAUACAUAAAAUUGGCUGGGGGGGGGGGGGGGGGGGCAGGAAUUUCCAGGUAGGCCCCUGGAAUAUAUGUGGUAAUGCCACAUGCAGCUGUCAAGUUAUGCUUAGCAGAAACGUAGAAGGAAAAUGAUUGAGAAGCACAGCAGCUUUCUCUGAAUUAACAUGACUAUCCUUUGUGUCUCCCAAACAGGCCACUUAUGUACUAAGGAACUGAAUUAAUGUACAAUGGACAUAUCUAUACUGACGACCCUCAGAAUGUACGAUUCACAUGCUCACUACUGUAUGUGCAUCACUCAGGAGAAAAGUGUCUCUGCCAAUCAGAGAGUUUCCUGAGUCAAGUGAAGACAUUAUCUAUGAGAUUGAAAGAUUGUUAUUCAUUUUAAUAUUACUAAUAAUAUUAAUAUUAAGUUGGAUUUUUCUUUAUUGUGACUUAAAUCUGCACAUGUUGAAUUAAAUAAAAAUCUAUUAUUGAGGUCAUAUAAUUUGCAUGCUUAUUAGUAUUCAUGCGGGAAUAUUUCAGCAAAUCUAUUUUAUUAAAUCACAUGACAGAUCGGGAAUGUGCUGUAAGUGUGAUGGAAUGUAAAAUGUCGAAUGUGAUGAAAUGUUAAUUGUUGUCCACAAAAGCACAAUGACAGCUGUAAACCUUACAGUUAGCAAGCGAGGUGCUGUUCUGAUGUCCCAGAGCAUCACUAGGCUGUAACUGGAUUCAUGGACAGCAAGUUAUUAUUAAACGACACCAAUGAAAGAUGUUUUGCAUAUUUUUUUAAGGUCAUGAACAUGUCCGUAUUUAUUAUUCAAAGCCAUGUAAUUAGCUUUGUGUUUAAUAAGUGACCCGUCCAUCUAUUUUCCAUAACCACCUAACCAGAGUGUCUGUAGGAAACUCAGAUAAACACAGAAUGUUUCACACGUAAACAAACCAUUAAGAAGCAAGACGUUUCUUUGUGAACUGAUCCCACUGUGAUCUGUGUGAAACUCAGCAUACCCAGGGAUAAAUAAAGUUUUAAAUUAC